UUCGGAUAAUGUGAAGCGAGUGAGAGUGUUUGCGUUCGCUGCGAGCAGGUGUGUGGAGGGAGGGAGUAGCGAGUAAUGAAAAAAGUAAAUAAUAAUAAUACAGUACAGAGAGGGAUUUGUUCUUCGGGCCGAAGAGAAAGUGCGGUGUUGAGGGUUCACGCGACAAUGGUGGUACCUCCUCUCAGUUGGGUUCCGGCACACAACCCAAGCAACAACAUGUCGAGGAUCACGUUGGCCGUGGCGACGCUCGUCAUCAUCAGCGUCGCGACGCCCCAGGUGGCAACAGCAGCAUCAUCAUCUUCGAACGGAACGGUGGUCGCCCUCUCCAGGGCUUUGGACUUUUACAACACCGAACUUCUCGCGUCCAAUUGGAACCACCUGAGAACCGCACUGAGCGACGAAUGUUCCAACGAUGUCGAGCAGUACGUGAGGGCCCUCGAGGUCCAAGAGAAUUGGGCCCUGAAGAUGGAUGAUGCGAGCGGAAGAUAUUCAACAGGAUGGUUCUGGGGAAAUCAUUACUGGACUGGAUCGAAGAGUCUGUGCGAGAACAUCGUUCCGAGCAACCGCAGUUUAUCAGAGAGCAAUCAGAACGCGAGAGUGCAGCGAAACGUGGAGGCCAUGACCAAGCUGACGAAUCCGGGCCAAUCGGGAGGUUACGUUUCCGGGAAGCUGUCCUACCGUUCACUGCCACCCUUCGACGUGUCCUUCUACAUGCUUCGCGUCUUCAUCAAUUCCACGUACACGAAAGAAACUCGAACCCUGCACGUCGGAUUGUGUUUACCGAAGACGUGCACGGACGUGGACGUCCGCAACAUCUUGGAGAAAACAUCCGAAGCGGCUCCCAUCGAGAUGAUACAGAUUCGCGUCGAGGAAGUCAGAUCUCCUCACAGCCGUUUCAACCUUUGGCAGGACACAACUUUUAGGAUUCUCUGCGUCGUAACAGCCAUAGUUGUCGUUCUUUUGGUGAUCGGAACGCUCUUCGAUCUUUACUUGAAGCACCGGGAGGAAACUAAGCAAGUGUUGAAACUGAAUUGCGCGACUUACACCAAUCCGAAUCACAAGUUAAGCGAGAAAACCAUCACUUUGGAUAUGACAGCCACCGAACCAAACGCUGGUAAAUGUAGUUUAUACGUGGUUAAUAACAACAACAACAAUAAUUUGGCAGCAAACGAAACUCGAACUGGUGAAGAUGAAUCAUUGAUUGUGACCAUACUCAAAGACUUAAUCCUCGCGUUCUCGGUGAGGGUCAAUGUUAAGCAUAUCUGCGACAGAAGCGUUGGAAGUGAUACGAUCUCCGUAAUCCACGGUCUUAAGUCCAUAAGUAUGGCUUGGGUCAUCCUUGGACACACUUGUCUAAUCGCUUUCAAAUAUUCCGAUAAUAUGGAAUAUAGGAAAGUUGUUCAAAAGGAAUUCCUGUUCCAAACCAUAUCGAAUGGAGCCUUCAGCGUCGACACUUUCUUCUUUACCUCGGGGCUUUUGGUCUCAUUCCUGUACUUCAGGACGAACGCCAAAGGUAAAUUGGAUACGUUGGGUAAUAAAGGUGUUCUCGCUGGGUUUCUGCACUUUUUCGGAUUGAUUCUCUACCGUUUCGCAAGGUUGAGCGCUCCGUACUUGUUCGCGUUGGGAGUCGUCGAAGUCUCCAUGAAAUGGUUCAAUUCCAAUUCGAUCUUCGAACCGCCGACGAUGGACCACGAAACCUGUCCCAAGUACUGGUGGAGAAACAUACUUUAUAUCAACACGCUUUUCCCAGUUGAGCAAAUGUGCAUGCUUUGGAGUUGGUACUUGUCUGAUGAUACACAAUUUUACGUUGUUGGAGCGAUUCUCUUGAUUUUGGCAACAAGUCAUUUUAAGAUUGCUGCUUCUUUGGUGAUCAUCUUCAUGACGAGUUCUUGGGCCACGACCGGUUACAUCGCAUUCAGCAACAGCCAUCUACCAAGUUCGGAUGAUCCUCUCGCGCUCUUCGACAAGAUUUACGACAAACCGUACACUAGGUUGGGACCGUACCUGAUCGGAAUGGGAGUCGGCUGGAUCCUGUUCAAGACCAACUGCCGGAUCAAGAUGUCCAAGUUGGCCGUCGUCGUCGGAUGGCUCGUCUCCGCCGGAUGUUUGCUGUCUUUGGUGUACGGAUUGUACGAGGCAGAUUUAUCCCCUGUCGCCGGUGCGGCUUACAGCAGUUUGAGCCACUCGGCGUGGGCUCUGGGUUUGGCCUGGGUGGUCGUCGCGUGCUCGACCGGUUACGGGGGUUACGUGAAUUCCAUCCUCUCCGCGACGAUCCUCUACCCGUUCAGCAGAGUCACCUACUGCGCCUACCUGCUCCAUCCGAUCGUCAUCAGGGUCAUGGCCAUGAACAUGGACAGCCCUCUGCAUCUCGGCAAAGAGGUGAUGGUCAUCCUGUUCUUGGGGCAGGUCGUCGCUUCGUAUGCGCUCGGUUUCAUCGUUUCCGUCGCCUUCGAAGCGCCCGUCGUCUCGAUGCUGAGGAUCCUCACGAGAAUAGCGCCCAAACGAAAGACUGCCCUCCAAACGUAGUUACGCAACGUUAGUUUAGAUCAAGUGUGCAUGCGAGCGUGAAACAAUUGAAUAGAAAUAGAUGAAGAAAAAAAAAAGAGAGAGAGUGCGAGCGAGUGUAAAUACAAUUAACCCCUAAUUUUAUACGUACUUUUAAUGGUUUGGUUAUUUUAUUCUGUGAUCAAUUUUUAUUU